CUCGCCUGGAAGGAAAGCGGACCCCCUGCCUGCCGCCAGCCCCUGGCCCUCAUCCCACUCAGAGCCACUGCCCCCGUGCUCGUGCCAAUCCCUGUCUCAGCUGCAGGCCCUGUCUUCCCAUCUCUUCCAUCCUGGCGGCUGGGGCCAGGGGCAGGGGAGCAGGCCCAGGGUGGGGAUGGCUGUGAGCCCAGCAGGCUUCCACAGGUGGGGCCCUGCGAGGUCCCCAGCCUCCUCAUUGUUUGCUGAAGUGCUGAAGGGGAAGGCGGAUGAGAUUCCUUAGCACCUGGGUACUAUUUGCUCCUGCCGUGACUCACCGCCCAGUGGAUUAGGCUCCUGGAUAAAGGUUUGCCACUGCCUCCCAGCCCAGUGGCAGGUGUCAGGUGUCCAAGGGCUCCUCACGCUCUGCCUGCCUGUCUCCUGUCUCCCCACCGGAGCCCACAGAUAUGUCAGCCCUGGCGGCCAGAAUAGCCAAGCAGCGGGCAGCCGCUGGGGGUCUUGGCUCCCACCAGAAAGCCGUGAAAUACUUGGGCCAAGACUUUGAGAAACUGAGGCAGCAAUGCUUGGAUGCGGGGGUCCUAUUUAAAGACCCAGAGUUCCCGGCAUGCCCGUCAGCCUUGGGCCACAAGGACCUUGGACCACAGUCCCCUCAGACUCAAGGCAUCGUCUGGAAGCGGCCCCCGGAAUUGUGUGCCAACCCCCAGUUUAUCGUUGGUGGAGCCACGCGCACGGACAUCUGCCAGGGUAGUCUAGGUGACUGCUGGCUGCUGGCGGCCCUUGCCUCCCUGACCUUGAAUCAGGAGCUGCUUCACCGAGUAGUGCCCAGGGACCAGGACUUCCAGCAGAACUACGCGGGGAUCUUUCAUUUCCAGUUCUGGCAGUACGGCGAGUGGGUGGAGGUGGUGGUGGACGACAGGCUGCCCAGCAAGGAUGGGGAGCUGCUCUUCCUGCACUCGGAGACAGGCAAUGAGUUUUGGGGAGCUCUGCUGGAGAAGGCCUACGCCAAGCUCAAUGGUUCCUAUGAGGCUCUCACUGGAGGGUCCACGGUCGAGGGGUUUGAGGACCUCACGGGCGGCAUCUCUGAGUAUUACGACCUGAAGAAGCCUCCGGCCCGCCUGUUCCAGAUCAUCCAGAAGGCCCUCCGCGCGGGCUCUCUGCUGGCCUGCUCCAUCCAUGUCUCCAGUGCAGCUGAAGCAGGAGCAGAGGUCACCACCCGCCACAAGCUGGUGAAAAGCCAUGCAUACUCUGUCACUGGAGUCAUAGAGGUGGAUUUCCGGGGCCGUCCCGAGAAGCUGAUCAGACUCCGGAAUCCGUGGGGCGAAGUGGAGUGGACCGGGGCCUGGAGUGACGAUGCACCAGAGUGGAACGACAUAGACCCCAGGCAGAAGGAGGAGCUGGACCGGAGAGCCGAGGAUGGGGAGUUCUGGAUGUCAUUUUUGGAUUUCCUGGGCCAGUUCUCUCGGCUGGAGAUCUGCAACUUGUCCCCAGACUCCCUGAGCAGUGAGGAGCUGCACAAAUGGAACCUGGUUCUGUUCAACGGCCGCUGGACACGGGGCUCCAGUGCUGGGGGCUGUGCGAACUUUCCAGCCACUUACUGGACCAAUCCCCAGUUCAAAAUCCAUCUGGACGAGGUGGACGACAGCCAGGAGGGAUGUGUUAGCAAACCCCACUGCACGGUUCUGCUGGGUCUGAUGCAGAAGAAUUGCAGGCGACAGAAGAGUACAGGACAGGGCAUGCUCAGCAUUGGCUACGCUGUCUACAAGCUGGAGAGCCCUGCGGACACACCCCUGGGCCAGAAUUUCUUCUUGGGCCGCCAGCCCUUUGCACGCUCCAGCGCCCAUGCCAACCUGCGGGAGGUGUCCAGCCGGCUGCUGCUGCCCCCGGGGGAGUACCUGCUGGUGCCAUCUACCUUCGAGCCCUUCCAGGAUGGGGACUUCUGCUUGAGGGUGUUCUCACAGAAGAAGGCCAAGGCCCUGGAGUUGGGGGAUGGGGUAGCUGGAAACCCACAUGAGCCACACCCCAGCGAGGUGGACCAGGACAGCUGGUUUGGGAGUCUGCUGGGGACACUUGCAGGGAAGGAUUCUGAGAUCGGUGCCAAUGAACUCAGGACGAUUCUGAAUGAAGUGUUUUCCAAAGAAACAGACAUAAAAUUCUGUGGCUUCGACAUCGACACUUGCAGGGGGAUGGUCAGCUUGAUGGACAGCAGCGGCACGGGCCUCCUAGGGCUGGCGGAACUCAGGACACUGUGGCUGAAGCUUCGCAAGUACCUGGAGAUCUACCGGGAGACCAAUGACAACCACUCGGGGAGCAUUGACACCCAUGAGAUGAGGACGGCCCUUAGGAAUGCAGGUUUCAUGCUCAGCACCCAGGUGCAGCAGACCGUCGCCCUGCGGUAUGCGGACAGCAGACUCAGCAUCGACUUCGAUGACUUCGUGGCCUGCGUGACCCGCCUGGAGUCCCUCUUCAAGCUGUUUAGGCUCCUGGACAAGGACCAACGUGGCACCGUCCGGCUCUCCCUGGCUGAGUGGCUGUGCUGCGUGUUGGUCUGACCCAGGUUGUGGCUGCUGGUGUCGCUCCCUGCCAGCCUGCCGGCCACCUCCCCCUACUUUCACAAUUCUGCAAGUGAGGACCCCUGAGUGGCAGUCAUUGAUGGUUUCCUUCUUUCCUGCCCAUCGCUGUUCUGGGGGUCCCUGCCUGGCCAACCUGCGCAGUCUGGGGGCCCAGCCUCUCGUUCAGCAGCAUUUGAGCUGACCCAGAGCCCAGCAGAAGUCAUUAAAAUCUGGUCCCAAUGGUC